CGUAUACAGAAGGAGAUAGGGUUUAUAAAGCAGGUACCGGCAGAACGACAUACGGAGGCAGAGGUAGAGAUCGCUAUUGUACUAUCCGAAGAGCUAAGCAAGUCGUCGGUUAAAACCUAUAGACGUAGAAAUCUCUAUAUAUACCUACGCUCGAGGACUAACCUAAUUAGGAGGGACCGCGUAUACUGUAUAUAUAAACUACUUAAUCCUAACGGCGUUCAGCGGCGGCGCGACAAAGCUAGAGAGUACUAUAGCGCUAUUAUUACCCCUAGGCUAAUGUACGUACUCUCGAUAGAUGCCUAUUAUAAGUUUGAAUACUAG